AUGGAAGAUAUUCUUUCACGUCUCAAACUCAAUGAUGCCCGCAAAGUCAGCCCUCCUGCCGCGGACAACAAGCCUCAAAAAUCUGACUAUGAAAUGCUUGAUAAACUCGUCAACAACUUACAAGACCAAAGCAAGACUUUGAAGAGACAAGAGAAGGAACUGAAGAACGAGGGAGAAGGUGCAAGCAACAAAACCAGUGAUCAUUCUUCCGGUUCAACUAUAUACACCCCUAACACCGACGCCGCCGGCUCACAGAAGCCUAUUACCCAGCUCUCGGGUUCAGGCAAGGUUGACAUGGUGGACUUGAUGCGUGUCAAGCAAGAGCUUGAGGCAGCCAGAUCAGUCAUUUCCCGCCAGGAACAGGAGCUCGCUGAAACACGCACUCUCAAGCACACCAUGGAUCAGGCUAUGGGACCUCCUUCUGAAGUUGAUUUCGGAGCUUCUAAUGAUAUUAGCGAGCAGACGAUUGGCCAUCUCCAGAGUGCCUUUAAUGCUUCUGCCCGGCCGUUCACUUCUCGCAACGAGUCUUGGGCUGCCCAGGAAGCACAACGCCAGGACCAGGCUGAGUUGUUGAAUACCGCAAAUUUUGGACGUGGCCGAGGCAUCUGGAACAAUACUUCCGGCUCCAUGACAGACGUCUUGAAUGUCAAUGCUUCUGUUCUAGGAUACAACAACGGCCGCGACGCUCGUGCAUCUGGUCAGUCCUAUACUGGUGUCUAUGGAGGUACAGUAUCUCCUGUCGAAACUUUUCCGCCUCGCAACCUCCCAGCUCCUGCCGCUCCCUUUGGCUACGAUAUGCGGCCAGGUAAUGAUGUGAUGCAAUUCAACCCUUCUCUAGCUGUCAGACGCAACAAUGGACAACUGAGAAUCAACCCGGGACUGGUCGACCCACUAGCUCAAUAUGGCAACCUCUCUGGCACUGCAUCAGCGCUGACUCCUCCCCCAAUCAGUCCGCUUGGGGUGCCCGCUCAGUUCAGCUACCCGCGCGCUCUUACAACUCCCAUGACCCCAUCCUCGACUGAAUUUCCGGUCAAUGGUAUUCCAGGAGCUAGUAAUCCAUGGACAGCCCCAGUCACUGGAGCAAAUGGACAAACUUACGUUACUCCUCUUGAGCCGAUGAACUAUCGUCGUCUUCUCGAUAAAUCAGUGUCAUGCGACUGGAAGUACAUUGUUGACAAGAUCGUCUGUAACAAUGACCAACAAGCAAGCAUCUUCCUCCAGCAGAAGCUCAAAGUCGGCACUGCUGAGCAGAAGUUCGAGAUUGUCGAGUCUAUCGUGGCGCAAGCAUACCCAUUGAUGAUCAAUCGGUUUGGUAACUUUCUUGUUCAGCGAUGCUUCGAACACGGCACACCCGACCAGGUGGUUGCUAUUGCGAACGCAAUUCACGGCAACGUGAUCGCUCUCAGCAUGGAUCCAUUUGGCUGUCAUGUCAUCCAGAAGGCCUUUGAUUCUGUGCCAGAGGAUCACAAGGCCGCUAUGGUCCGCGAGCUCCUUCGCCGGAUUCCUGACACUGUGAUUCAUCGAUAUGCUUGCCACGUCUGGCAGAAGUUGUUUGAGCUCAGAUGGAGCGGUGAGCCACCACAGAUCAUGCUUGAGGUCAACAAAGCACUUCGAGGCAUGUGGCAUGAAGUUGCUCUGGGUGAAACUGGCAGUCUCGUGGUCCAAAAUAUCUUUGAAAAUUGCAUCGAAGAGGAAAAACGCCCGGCUAUUGAAGAAGUCAUAGCAAACAUUGACCUGAUUGCACAUGGACAAUUCGGCAACUGGUGCAUCCAGCAUUUGUGCGAGCAUGGCUCCCCGCCGGACAAGCGGCGUGUCAUUGACCACAUCCUUGCGAACUCCUACAAUUACAGCAUUGACCAAUUUGCUUCUAAGGUCGUAGAAAAAUGCCUGAAGAUUGGAGGUUCAGAAUUCUUGGAUCGUUAUCUUGGGGUCAUCACCACUGCGCAUCCUGAUCGUCCGCGCAUUCCUCUCAUUGACAUCGCUGGCGAUCAAUAUGGCAACUACUUGAUCCAGUGGAUCCUCAUGAACACCCACCAUCACCAGCGCGAACAAGUGGCCAUCCAUAUUCGCAAGCAUAUGGUGUCGCUCCGAGGUUCUAAGUUUGGAUCCCGCGUUGCCAUGCUGUGCUGCAACCCUAACUCGGUCACUCGCCCAGGCCCAGGUGCUUCUGUCAACCCGUUUGGCGCCCCAGGCCAGCCACGGAACCAGUGGCCACGAUUUCGCUGA